GCUUGGUUGUCAUUCACUUACUGAUUCACAGCCAUUCGGUUACUGUCUAGCAACGCAGUGUCAGAUAACAAAUUUGUCAAAUGGUAAAAGGCUGUUGAAGCAAAUAUGUACAUAAACCUCAUUCACAAAAAAGUAAAUGGUGCGCAGCGUGUGACUUUAAUGGUCUUCAUUUUUCUUGGUACACAAAUUUCAACUCGGUAAGUUUUGGUUGCUGGUGGAGAGUACAUGUUGGCUUUGAAAAUCGCAGUCUGGCUACAGUUAAGCAAAGAAACUGCAGGAAAUCCCAGGUCUUGGCUGCCACAUCAAAAGUUCCGCUGCCGAUUUUUUUUUUUUGAAGAGCAGCUUUUCUUCUGCGCGUGUUUUCCUGCUGACUUGUUGGAAAAAAGAAGGAGGACUGGGAAGGGGGACUCGAAACGAGGAUUUUAUCUGAGAGCUGGGUUUUCAUUCCAUUUCAGAGCUGUAUGGGAAGUACAGUAAUGCCAAGAGACCAGCCUGGUUCUCUGUUCUCCAGAGGAGAUCAAACACUGCCUGGAACUGGAACAAUGGGAAUCCCAGCAGAGUGGCCACAGCAGAGGCCAUGAGUCAGCAACGAUGGAGAUACCGAACCCCAGGUCAAACAAGAAACGGUGACAGAGGAUGAAAAGGCCAAAGCCUUGACAGCCUUCAUGAACUGUUAGUAGGAAUUCCUAGCCGGCAACUCACCUGGAGCCUUCAGUUUGCCUUGAUUUGCCUUGUGUCAAAGUUUACUUCGCCGAGCCACUUUUUUAAUUUACAACUAAACCAAACCUGGAAAUGCCAGUAAUCUAGAGGCAACGUGAAACUCUCUUCCCAUGUGCUGAAGUGUGGCUUUAGAAUGGCAAGAAGAGAGAGACAAGAACAACAACUUUUGUUUGGUUAAACUGACGCUUUUAAGCCUUUUUUUAAAGGCUUUUACUUAAAUGCAAACUCUGUUUUCAUGGCAUACCAUUGCAAUAAAUGAAUUACAAUAUCCUAGAUUGUCCACACUGAAGAGCCUUCGGAAAAUUAUGACAUGUGGAAAGCCAAGGAGAUGAACUUUGGAGCAAUUCUUUUCUACAUGGCAGAGGUAUAUGAAGUUGCCAUCGCAGCCCUCCUAGCGCUGUCCUGCGGGAGCCCUGCCAUGAGUUAAGGGUGCGGCACCAUGACGGCGGUGUACAUGAAUGGGGGGGGCUUGGGGAGCCAGCGGUAUGCGCGCUGGAGCCGGCAGGACAGCGCCGAGGACUACCUCCGCACUGAGUGCUAUGCCGAGGAGGAAGGUGGGCAGCACCGGCGGCUCACUCCCUUCGAGAAGCUCACCCUCGACAUGUCCCAGGACGAGAAGGUGGUCAAGGAGCUGACCCUGGGCAAGAGGAUCGGCUUCUACAGGGUGCGAGGCGAGAUCGGCAGCGGCAAUUUCUCCCAGGUCAAACUGGGCAUCCACUCCCUCACCAAAGAGAAAGUAGCAAUCAAAAUCCUGGACAAGACGAAGCUGGAUCAGAAGACCCAACGACUGCUGUCCAGGGAGAUCUCCAGUAUGGAGAAGCUGCACCAUCCCAAUGUGAUCCGGCUCUACGAGGUGGUGGAGACCCUUUCCAAGCUGCAUCUCGUCAUGGAGUACGCAGGAGGAGGGGAGCUCUUUGCCAAGAUUAACAUGGAGGGCAAGCUGUCCGACAUCGACAGCAGGAUCGUCUUCUCUCAGAUCCUCUCUGCGGUCAAACACAUGCAUGACAGCAACAUCAUCCAUCGGGACCUGAAGGCAGAGAACGUGUUUUACACGUGUAACACCUGCGUCAAAGUGGGUGACUUUGGCUUCAGCACAAUCAGCAAGAAGGAGGAGACUCUCAACACCUUCUGUGGCUCACCACCUUACGCGGCGCCCGAGCUCUUCAGAGAUGAGAACUACGUGGGAAGCUAUGUGGACGUUUGGGCACUGGGCAUCCUGCUCUUUUUUAUGGUGACUGGCACCAUGCCUUUCCGUGCCGACACCGUAGCCAAGCUUAAGAAGUGCAUCCUGGAAGGGAACUAUACCAUCCCGCCCUAUGUGCCCGAGUCAUGCCAGAAACUCAUCAAGGGCAUCUUGCAGCCUGUGCCCAGUGACCGCCACUCCAUUGCCCAAAUCAUGGCCUGUGAGUGGUUACAGUCUGUGGAGUUCCCCAAUCCCAUGGAGCCUUUCAAACUGGACCCCAUGUACCUCGCCGAGCCUGCCGAGCUGGAUGAGGACGAAGCGGAGGUGAAGGCGGCUCUGGAGAGCCUGGGCAUCACAGAAGAGCACAUCCGCAACAACCAGGGCAAGGACUGCCGCAGCUCCAUCACUGGGGUGUACCGGAUCCUCCUGCACCGGGUGCAGAAGAGAAGAGCCGUGGACAGCAUGCCUGUGGUCACGCACGUUGUCCGGGAAACCAAGAAAGAGAGGCUCCAGCCUUACCGAGAGAUCCGGCACACAUCCAAACUGUGCUCCAUUUUAUAGACUCGCAGCCUCCGAGUGUCUUAAAUAAUGGAUUUCGCGAGAGAUGGGGAAGAAAUGUUUACUGUGGUUAAUUUUCCAGAUGCUUUGUUUAAUAGUUCAUGGUUUUGGAAUAUAAAACUGAAUAAACACAGCCUUUAAAUCUCA